AUGGCCUAUAACUUCCGCAAUGAGGGACUGGAUUCCGCUCUCGAUCCCAGUAAGUUUACGCGGCCAAUUGUCGACCGUGUUCUCACCGAGACGGAACUCUCUAUUCAGUCCGUUUCCCAAUAUGAUCCUCUCGCCAAGUUCACGAUUGAGUCGUCGGAGGUUAACCGCGAAACGCGAUCCAAAUAUCCACCACGAGAGUUCGCACUCAACCGCUUCACAGAAUGCAAGGUAUAG